GUGAAGGCACCGAGUGGGUUCACGCGCGUUACGCGUGGCGCAGUGUUUGGAGUGGAUCAUAUCAGCGCGUCUGAACCGGUUUGUUCUACUUCUGGUUCGCUUUUGAACAGUCCAGUGGGGUGUUACACGUCUGAAAAGGUUCAGUGGAGUAUCUUGGGCUUUGGGAGGCAGAAAAAAGAGCAAAAGCUCGAAGGUAAGGGACUAUGAUGUUGAGGAAUGGCUGAAGAGAAGAUGCUGAUGUUACAGCGCCGAACGCGAAGAUGCUAAACGCAGAGUGAAGUGAAACGGGGCACAGAGUUUCCAGUCUGGACAAAGGCGGCAUUCUAUUUACCUUGAAUUGAAUGUGAGCUCCUGCUGACCUCCAAUAUUUGAAAUGGGGUUGUCAUGGAAACUGCUGGUGUUGCAAUUAUUCAUGUGGCGCCUUUCAGAAGGCAGCGGUCCUCUGAGGCCCGUGUUCACCAAACAGCCGGGGAGUGUCGUCUUCCCUCUCCAUUUUAAUGAGCCCAGUCGGGAGGUCACCUUCAACUGUGAAGCCCAGGGACAUCCACCCCCGUCCUACAGGUGGAAAAUGAAUGACAGCUUCAUUUCUCCUCAACCUGGCUCUCGAUACAGCAUCUCAGGAGGAAACCUGCGAAUUAGCCAGCUCAAUAAAGAAGAAGAUGCUGGUAUUUACCAAUGUCUGGCCUCAAACUCUUUCGGGACCAUUGUCAGCAGAGAGGCUAGUCUCCACAUCGCCUAUCUGGAGGAGUUUAAAACUCAGAGGAGAAGUCCAGUGAAUGUCAGAGAGGGCCAAGGUGUGGUUCUCCUCUGUGGUCCCCCACCAUAUAUGGGAGAGUUGACCUUUUCUUGGAUUUUCAAUGAAUAUCCCUCAUUUGUGAAGCAGGACACGCGCCGCUUCGUGUCACAGAAAACCGGCAACCUGUACAUCGCUAAAGUCGAACCCUCGGAAGUUGGAAACUACACUUGUGUCGUCACCAACACGGUGACCCAGACCACAGUACAGGGACCUCCUACGCCACUUGUGCUCCGGAGUGAUGGCAUCAUGGGUGAAUAUGAGCCAAAAAUUGAAGUUCAGCUCCCUGAAAUCUUGGCUGUUGCUAAGGGGUUAACAGUGAAACUGGAGUGCUUCGCUUUGGGAAAUCCAGUUCCUGUGAUCAGCUGGAGAAGAACAGAUGAAAAUCCGUUUCCCAGAAAAGUGGAUGCCAAUAAGUCCAGUGGAGUGUUGGAGAUCCCUUAUUUCCAACAGGAGGAUGCAGGACAAUAUGAAUGCGUGGCUGAAAACUCCAGAGGCAAAAACGCUGUGAAGGGACGCCUUUCAUUCUUUGCUCCCCCUCAUCUGCUGGAGAAGCCCCAGGAUGUGAAGAAAGCUAUUGAUGAAUCUUUGCUGUGGGAGUGUAAGGCGAGCGCCAAGCCCAAACCUUCCUACAGGUGGCUGAAGAACGGAGAACCGCUGGAGUCAUUUGAGGACCGAAUCCAGGUGGAGAACGGUGCAUUGUCCAUCAGCAGUCUGACUCUGUCAGAUACAGGGAUGUACCAGUGUAUCGCUGAGAACCGGCACGGCCGAGUGUUUGUUAACGCUGAACUCAGAGUCAUCGCAGUGGCUCCCGAUUUCUCCGACAGCCUGCUGAAGGCACAGACAUUGGCUCGGCAGGGCGGGGAUGUUUUGAUUGAGUGCAGACCCCGCAUGUCCCCACGUGGCAUGAUCUCCUGGAGGAAAGGCAAAGAAGCCCUGCGAGAGAGCCACAGGGUCUCUGUGCUGGAUAAUGGCAGUCUCCGGAUUUCCAACAUCACCAAACUAGAUGCAGGUCUAUACACUUGUGUGGCGAGAAACCAGUUUGGAGUGGCAAGCAGUGCUGGCACACUAGUGGUGAAAGAGCCAACAAUCAUCAUUUCUAGAGCCACCCAGCUGGACGUUACAGUGGGAGAGAGUGUUGUCAUUCCGUGCCAGGUGACUCGUGACCCCUCCCUUGAAGUGAGAUUCACAUGGUUCUUCAAUGAGCAGCUGAUCAAUUUUGGAAGCCAUGGGGGGUACUUUGAAAAAGUUGGUGGGACGUCUGCUGGUGACAUCAUGGUUCGUAACAUUCAGCUGAGGCAUGCUGGGAGAUACACUUGUGCCGUACAGACUAAAGUAGACAGUGCGUCCAUAGCGACAGAUGUGGUGGUACGAGGUCCCCCUGGCCCACCGUUGGACAUCAGAGUUGAUGAGAUCACAGAAACAACAUCCUUUGUGUCGUGGCGUCCGGGCCCUGAAAACCACAGUCCUGUCUUUGCCUACAACAUCCAGACCAGAAGUCCCUUCUCUCUGGGGUGGCAGGCUGCCAAAACAGUGCCAGACUCUCUUGGAGGAGAUCAGCUGACGGCUCUUGUUGUGGAGUUGAGUCCAUGGGUGGAAUGUGAGUUCAGAGUUCUGGCCACCAACUCUAUAGGCACCGGGGAACCCAGCAAACCCUCACAAAAAAUAAAGACCAAAGAUUCAUUGCCAAGGACGACCCCGGCCAGGGUUAGCGGAGGAGGCGGCAGUCGCUCUGAGCUUGUCAUCACAUGGGAGCCGGUUCCUGAAGAGCUGCAGUGUGGUCCAGGGUUCGGCUACGUGGUGGCUUUUCGUCCUCUUGGUGGUCAGAACUGGAUGCAGGCGGCCGUGACCUCCCCUGAUGCAUCUAGAUAUAUCUUCAAAAACGAGAGCAUUCCUCCAUUCUCUCCGUUUCAAGUGAAAGUGGGCGUUUAUAACAACAGAGGAGAAGGUCCUUUUGGACCGGUGACUACUAUAUACUCUGCAGAGGAUGAGCCGAGUCGCGCCCCCAGUCGAGUCCGUGUCAAGAGCCUGUCAGCCUCAGAAGUAGAGGUCGGCUGGAAGCCUCUACCAUGGAGCACCAGCAGGACACGCGUAAUGGGUUAUGAGCUGAGGUACUGGAGUACAAAAGACAAACCGGACACAGCCAGUGUAAUGAGGACUGUGGGAAACAGGACAUCAGCUGUUAUUCGUGGACUUGACCCCAGCAGCACAUAUUACAUCAAACUUAAAGCCUACAAUAGUGCUGGUGUUGGGCCUGACAGCGCUGAGGUCAACGUCACUACUAAAAGACCCCCACCGAGCCAGUCCCCAGCGAAAGUCAUGUGGAAUACCACAGACUCCAAACUCAUCCUCAAAUGGGACCGAGUCAAGGCACUGGAAAAUGAAUCUGAAGUUAUGGGAUAUAAGGUCAUGUACAAACCGAGCAGACAGAUUCGGCCCAACGUGGUGGAGACUAACAGCACAUCUCUGGAGCUCUCUUUACCUAUGGAUGAGGAUUACAUCAUCCAGAUUAAACCAGUGAGUGAGGGAGGAGAUGGGAGCAGCAGUCGACAGAUCACCAUUCCCAGGAUAGCAGUUGCACAUGCAAUUGGAUUAGCAACAGAGAGGAAAGCACUACCAUCGCUCUUAGCAGUAGCGUUCUGUACGGUGAGGACUUUAUUAUGACAGAAGAACUGGCGGAGAGAACAGUACAAACAUGCACCACAAGUGGAUCCACUUGAUGUUUCCUCUAACUUUUUCAAGAGGAAGAUUGCUUUCUCGGUUUCAAUUACUGACACCAAAGCUGCUGAGACAAUGGAGAAAACGUUAUUGAGUCGUUUUUGGAUAAAUGGAGUGAUUUCAUAUUGACAGAUGUUAAACGUGCGGUUUCCAUCGGAUGUUCAAGGUGCAUAAAAUUACAUGCGGUUCAUUAGGGAUUCGCAUGCAGGGAUGUGUUUUUGUCUAAGACGAAUCCUUAUUCAUCCAUUAGAUGCUUGGCAGUGGAGCACAACGCAAAUGCCUUUUCCAUAGCAACCGUGGGACUGAAUGAACUCCGUUGAAGAGGACCUCUACUGCCAUACCUCAUAGACAUUUUCCUUACCUGAUCGUCCUCAUCAACACACGAUCAGCUGUCCUCAGAUCAGACAGAGUUUACAGUCCCAAAAUGUUGACAUGGUCCCUGUCUGUUUGAAUGACAAAGUCAAUGCUGCUGGCCUUUAAGUAAACAGAAAAAGAGCUCACUGGCCACCCCUGUGUCGAACACUGGGACCUUUGUGUGACCUAGCGUGUGCCUCUUUGAUGAGAAACAGUAUGUAAGAUAUCCUCAGGACCAGAACAGCCUUAACUAGUUGUCAUUAUUUGUUCAAUUGUCAUGAUGUGUUCAAUUGUUAAUUUCCUUUAUUUUUCAGUUGAUUGUAAAAACAACAACAGCGUUUGUUAUUCCGUUGAGGUGCUUUCAAUAGGUAAUAUCGGUGGUCAUUGAAAUACCUAUGAAAUAAUGCUUACGUUCCGUUAUUUUCAAGCUGUUUAGCAUGAACUGGCUUUGUAGUGGCAGUAUUUGAAUGGACUGUCUGCUUUUA